AUUAAGUUUUGUUUGAUGAUUGACAUAGACGAGAAUAAGUCAUAUGGAGAAGGUGAAUGGUACUUUUUUACUCCAAGGGAUAACAAAUAUAGGAAUGGGUCAAGACCAAAACGAGCAGCGGGUGAUGGAUAUUGGAAAGCCACGGGAGCCGAUAGGAUCCUUAAAUCUAAGGAGGUUGAAGUUAGGAUAUAGAAAAGCGUUGGUUUUCUAUAAAGGGAAACCUCCUAAAGGACAAAAGACUGAUUGGAUGAUGCAUGAAUUCAGACUUAAAGAUCCUCCUGCCAGAUCCAAUCCUUCCAUUGGUGAUAUGCAGCUGGAUGAUUGGGUAUUGUGCAAAAUUUAUAAAAAGAUUGAUAAAUCUGUGAAAACAUCAAAUCGCAAGCAUAUUGUUAGCGUUGAGAAUUUAGAGUUGGAUAAUGCAACAAUUUCACCUCCAUCAUCAGAGCUUAAUCUAGUUUAAGAAUCGAUUAAUAUGUUACCGCAACAAAGAUCGGUGCUAGGAAGUCAAUUGGGACAGCUGGAAAAAGAUGCUACUUUGAAUGGACUUUCUACUUUUCCCAAACUUUAUUAUGAUGGUAUGAUGCUGGAGCAAAAUUCUACAUCAUUUUUAGACAAUAUUUGUGAUUAUUAUGAUUACAAUUUCAUGCCCGUAGAACCAGCUGCAUUGCCUUCGCCAAUACCUCCAUUCGAGUCCAUGGCCAAUCUUGACCAAUUCAUCAGCAUGCACCAUGAGGACAAACUUUCAAGUGUUAAUUUUGACUUCUCUUCUCAAUUUUUUGAUCAUCAAUAUCCUUCAUAAUUAGCUUUUUUAAUUUACUUUCAGGUAUUUCCUCACAUACUCUAUAUAUUAUUGUUACUAAAAUUAGUUUUUUUUUUUUAAAUUAUUUAGGCUUAAGGUUUUG